CAGGAAGUUGUGAACAGAGUUUAAAAGCUGCUGCAGGACUGCAGACAUUCACAGGAAGCUGGACCAGCAAUGGCUCUGCUGAAAGUUCUGCUGCUGCUGGGGCUGUGUGUUUCAGUGAACUCAGGUGUUUCUCUGCAGAAGAGAAUCAUUGGAGGUCAAAACUGUGAUAACGGGGAGCGUCUUUAUCAUGUUCGGCUGGAGAGCAGCAAUGGUACUCAUAUGAGCCGCUGUGGAGGAUCUCUGAUCCACCCUAAGUGGAUCCUGACUUCAACUCUCUGCUGGAUGUCAGGAUGGACUAACGUAGCAAUGUUAAAAGUUCAUCCACGGACGGCUAUACAUUCCGUGUACAAUCAGGUAAUUCGACACAAUCCUGUGAUUUAUACUCAUGGCGGCCACYAGCAUGGCAUCAUGUUACUGAAGCUUCAGACACCAGUAACAGAUAUCCCAGUUGUUCAGCUACCAGACUGCAGGCGUCGUCUUAAAAUAGGUGAUGUUGUUCAGCUGGCAGGAGAAGGAGGAACGACAACCGGCCCCAAUAAUCGGCGAAUGCCCCCUGGUGCUCCUAUUCCAGUACAUCUUCAGUGUGUUGACAUGAAUGUUGCUCAUGUUUCCCUCGUUGUGCCGAGUCGUGGGUUUUUGUUCUAUGCUGUAAAACCGAACAAGGAUAUAUGCUAUGGUGACUGUGGUGGAGCAGUGAUGUACAACGGCAAGAUUUAUGGUGUGAUUGCUUUUGGUGGAGAAGAUGCAUGUCAGAGUCCAGUUGAAAUCAUGGAUGUGUGUCAAUACAAGGACUGGAUUAAGAGAACAAUUAGGCAUGGAAAAUAAACUGUCAUGAAAUAAAAUUCUCAUCAAAUUUCCUCUCACA